AUGACAAUAAGAACAGCUCGUCCAAACCGGGGGCAACACUUCCGACCCCGUAUACAUUGCAUCAAAAAGCUGGAGGCCAUUAUGGUGGAGAUGCAAGACCCAAGCAGCGGGGUUAAAGGCUCAGAACAGAAACUCAACGUUACCACCAUCCCUCAUGUCAUUGCUGGUAAAGACAUCAUCACAUGGAUUGUCAACAAGUUGAAGACCACUACAGAAGAGGGUGAGGUGUUUGGCACCAUGUUAGUGGCGUAUGGCUAUGUCUACCCCCUGCAAAACCACAGGAAGCUGGUCAUGUGCAAUGACGCCACCCUCUAUCGCUUCCAGACUCCAUACUUCUGGCCUACACAGAAAUGGUUUGCAGAGGACUGUGACUAUGCCAUUUAUCUGGCAAAGAGGAACAUCCGUAAGAAAGGCAUGCUGGAACCCUACGAACAGGUACAUUACAACCAGCUCCAUGAUUGGCUGAACCACAAGUGGGACUUCAUCGUGAUGCAGGCCACUGAGCAGUACAAGGCUGGUAAAGACAGGCAGAAGCCAGAUCGUGUGGUGUUUGACUGCCAGGAGAGAGCGUACUGGAUAGUGAACAGGCCACCGCGUCGUACUCACAGCGCUAUGGACUGUGGUCCAGAACGUCUGCUUGAUCCCAACACAGAGGAGAAAAUCACCUUUGACCAGCACAGACGCAUGAACAUUUUCUUUCAACAAACCAUUAUGAGGUCAAGGGUCAAGUCCAGCGUGUCCAUUGGAGCACUAGUCAAGUACAGCACCACCUACAAAAACCACGAUCCGUUCCUGGCUCCAUGUCUACCCAGCAACCCCUGGCUAACAGAUAAUGAUGAAUACUGGAAGCUCAACAUGAGGAGAGUUGACGCUCCCACUAAAAUGCGAGUGGAGCGCUGGUCCUUCAGCCUGUUCGAGCUGCUGAGCGACCUGCGAGGACGAGACGACUUCAAGGUUUUCCUCAAGAAGGAGUUCAGCGGGGAAAACUUGGCAUUCUGGGAAGCAGCUGAGGAACUGAAGUUGGGCUCUGCAUCUUCCAUGACAGCAAAAGCUGAGACCAUCUUCAAGACCUUCCUGGCCCCUGGAGCUCCUCGCUGGAUCAACAUUGAUGGCAGGACGAUGGGUCUGACAGUGAAAGGACUGGAUCAUCCUCACCGCUAUGUGCUGGAAGCUGCACAGACACACGUCUUCUUGCUGAUGAAAAAGGACACUUUCUUCCGUUACCUCAAGUCUCCAGUUUACAAAGACAUCCAGAAGAAGGCGCUGAGCCCCGAUGCUCAUAACUUCAGUCCGGACCAGCUGGAGCAAAACGCUAGAAACCGAAGCCCAGGCAUCCAUCCCAUCAUCCUUUGGCAGCAGGAGGAGGAGGAAAAGGCCAAAGCUGCUGUUGCCUCCGCCCCCGUCGAUGUCAAGGCCAUGAUGAGCAAAAUAGACAGGAAGAAGUAG